UCUUGUCAUACACACAUUCCCGCCCCUCGUCUGCGUUUCAUUGGUUUCGUCCAAACUUGCUUUAGUUCUUCCAGUCCGAUGGGGUUUAUUCGAGAGCUUGUGAUCAUAGUGUGUUCACAGAUGGCCUGCCGGACAAGUUUUCAAUGAAUAUUCUGGGUCUUUACAGUAAAAUGCCCAAAUUUACGGCAAUUAUGGAUAUAAUUCGUUUGUUAUGGAUAAUACGGAUUGUGUGGGCUGUUGAAGAUGUGUUGAUGGACUCCACGACGGCAACGGCAGAGCUGGGCUGGACGAUAUAUCCAUCAUUGGGGUGGGAAGAGGUGAGUGGCUACGACGAAAACAUGAACACCAUCCGCACUUACCAAGUGUGCAAUGUCUUUGACGCCAACCAGAACAACUGGGUGCGCACCAAAUACAUCCGGCGGCGGGGUGCCCAACGGAUCCACGUGGAGAUGAAGUUCUCAGUGCGAGACUGCAGCAGCAUCCCAAAUGUCCCUGGCUCUUGCAAGGAAACUUUUAAUCUGUACUACUUCGAAUCAGACACUGACGUAGCCACCAAGGUGUAUCCCGCCUGGAUGGAGAACCCAUGGGUCAAGGUGGACACCAUUGCGGCCGAUGAGAGUUUCUCCCAGGUGGACCUGGGCGGCCGAGUGAUGAAGAUAAACACGGAAGUGCGCAGCUUUGGGCCGGUGUCCCGUAAUGGCUUCUACUUGGCCUUUCAGGAUUAUGGAGGCUGCAUGUCACUCAUCGCCGUAAAGGUUUUCUAUCGCAAAUGCCCCCGAAUUAUUCGGAAUGGGGCCAUCUUUCAGGAGACCUUGUCAGGGGCGGAGAGCACCUCUCUGGUGUCCGCCCGAGGCACUUGUGUACCUAAUGGAGAGGAAGUGGAUGUACCCAUUAAACUGUACUGCAAUGGAGAUGGGGAGUGGCUGGUACCUAUCGGGCGUUGCGUGUGCAAGGCUGGGUACGAGUCUGUGGACAACGGGACUGUGUGUAAAGCCUGUCCGUCUGGGUCCUUUAAAGCCUCUCAAGGGGACCAGCAAUGUCUCCAGUGUCCCAUCAACAGCCGCACAUCCAACGAGGGCGCCACCAAUUGUGUCUGUCGCAGUGGAUACUACCGUACGGACUCUGACCCUCUACAGAUGCCAUGCACCACGGUUCCGUCUGCACCCCAGAGAGUGAUUUCUAGCGUGAACGAGACCUCCCUGCGGCUGGAGUGGGAUCCGCCGAAGGAGAGCGGAGGCCGGGAGGAUGUGGUCUACAACAUAAUCUGCAAGAGCUGCGGUUCGGGUCGAGGGGCCUGCACUCGCUGUGGUGACAAUGUGCAGUUCGUGCCCCGCCAACUGGGCCUGACCGAUCCACGGGUCCACAUCAGUGACCUGCUGGCCCACACGCAGUACACUUUUGAGAUCCAGGCUGUGAAUGGAGUGUCUGACCAGAGUCCCUACUCACCUCAGUUCACCGCUGUCAACAUCACCACAAACCAGGCUGCUCCAUCUGCUGUGUCAAUCAUGCAUCAGGUCAGUCGAGCUGUGGACAGUAUCACGUUGUCCUGGUCCCAGCCAGACCAGCCCAAUGGAGUCAUCCUGGACUACGAGCUGCAAUAUUAUGAGAAGAAUAUGGCUGAGUCGAACUCUUCUCUGCUGCGGAGUCAGACUAAUACAGCAGUUAUUCGGGGCCUAAAGCAGGGAACCAUCUACGUGUUCCAGGUACGGGCCCGAACAGUGGCGGGCUUUGGACGUUUCAGUGGGAAGAUGUACUUCCAAACAAUGACUGAAGAGGAGUAUAACUCCAGCCUGCAAGAGAAACUGCCCCUCAUUAUUGGCUCUGCUGCUGCUGGUGUUGUUUUUCUCAUCGCUGUGGUGGUGCUCAUUAUCGUCUGUAAUCGGAGAGGCAGUGACAGGACAGAGUCUGAAUACACUGACAAGCUGCAGCAUUACACCAGCGGCCACAUGUCUCCAGGAAUGAAGAUCUACAUUGAUCCUUUCACAUAUGAGGAUCCCAAUGAGGCAGUGCGUGAGUUUGCCAAAGAAAUAGACGUGACCUGUGUGAAAAUCGAGCAAGUCAUUGGUGCAGGUGAGUUUGGAGAGGUAUGUAGUGGUAAUCUCAGGCUUCCUGGAAAGAGGGAGAUUCUGGUGGCCAUCAAGACUCUGAAAUCAGGCUACACUGAGAAGCAGCGGCGGGAUUUCCUGAGCGAAGCCAGUAUCAUGGGGCAGUUCAACCAUCCCAACAUCAUCCACCUGGAGGGAGUGGUGACCAAGAGUACUCCAGUAAUGAUCAUCACUGAAUUCAUGGAGAACGGAUCACUGGACUCCUUCCUUCGGCAAAAUGAUGGCCAGUUCACUGUCAUUCAGUUGGUCGGCAUGUUGCGUGGCAUUGCAGCUGGCAUGAAAUACCUCUGUGACAUGAACUACGUACAUCGCGAUUUGGCUGCCCGCAACAUACUGGUCAACAGCAAUCUAGUCUGCAAAGUAUCUGACUUUGGGCUUUCUCGCUUUCUGGAAGACGACACGUCAGAUCCUACAUACACAAGUGCCCUGGGAGGGAAAAUUCCAAUAAGAUGGACUGCUCCCGAGGCCAUUCAAUACAGGAAGUUCACAUCCUCGAGUGAUGUGUGGAGCUAUGGGAUCGUAAUGUGGGAGGUCAUGUCCUAUGGAGAGCGACCGUACUGGGACAUGAGCAAUCAAGAUGUAAUAAAUGCAAUCGAGCAGGAUUAUAGGUUACCUCCUCCUAUGGACUGUCCAAAUGCACUUCACCAACUAAUGUUGGACUGCUGGCAGAAGGACAGAAACAACCGUCCGAAAUUCAGUCAGAUUGUCAACACUCUGGAUAAGAUGAUACGUAAUCCUGGCAGCCUGAAGGCCACCACUCCUCUCUCUUCAGGCGUACAUCUACCUCUGCUGGACCGCAGCACACCAGACUUCUCCAGCUUCAGCACAGUGGAUGAAUGGCUGGACGCCAUCAAAAUGGGCCAGUACAAGGAGAACUUUGCCAAUGAAGACCUCACUACCUUUGAAGCCGUGUCUCAAAUGACUAUGGAUGAUAUUCUGAGGGUGGGAGUAACACUAGCCGGUCACCAGAAGAAAAUUCUCAACAGCGUGCAGAUGAUGCGCGCCCAAAUGAACCAGAUACAGUCAGUGGAGGUUUGAUUCUUAGGAGUGGAGGAUUGGACCAGCCUGUGCACACCAGACCCCUGUGGACCUCCUCACAGAAAGACGCCCCCCCCCCUCAGUAAGCCCUGUGUCCAGAGCCCAGAAGUUGUCUAUUUCUCUGGGGAUGAUCAAGAACUUAUCACCACAAGACCACUAUGGUCUCAGUACCACACCAGCACAUCGAAGGCCUUUCCAAUGGUCAAAACUAUCCAUAAAUAUCAUUCUGGCUGCAUUUACAUGCAAGUUUAUGUUUGUGUAUUAUCUGUGACUUUGCAGUAUUUCAAAUAAGCCACAUAAAAGCCUCUUUAUGUCUUUUCAAAUGUUAAUAUAUCUGUUAUUUCAUAGACAUUUAAAGUCAGCAUGAAACCGAUGUUGCGAUUAGUCUUUUCUUCCCUAUUGUGACAUAUAUCCAAGUGAAAAUGCUUCUCAAACAAGAACAAAUGUUAGGUGAUGGUUUUCUAUUGCUGUGAUCUCAUGUGAAUGACAAGUAGGUCCGCCCUCAUGCCAGUGAGCACGUCUUCAGAGAAGAGAUGCCGUUGCCGUUGAAUUUAGCGCACAUGAUGUUUUCAUAUUCAGAAUAAAAGGGAAGAAAAGGUUGUUUAAGCAUGUAAAUGUAGCCACUAUCACAUGUUAUUUUAUGAAGUUUAUUUUGGCUGUUAGUUCUGAAAUCUCAUUAGAUGAGAUCAAAUUAGAUUUUGAUCAUAUAUACAGUAUAUACCCUUUACUCUUUGAUAUGGUUUGGUUCUCAUCCAUACUCACCAGAAAUGUGUUAACAGGAUACAUUAAAAUAAAAUAAUGUUGUCUCGGUGUGCAUCUGAAAUAGACUAUGGACUAAUAGCAAGAAAAAAAGGAGAAACAAUUAUACAUGUGUGAUACUCAUGUAUGAUGAGGAAUGAUCCAUGUGAUGGAUCUUGAGCUGGCAGCACAUGCCAAUAUGAGGACUAUUAUAGAAAUUCAACUAUGUGAAUAGUAGAUAAAGAAACCAGUACUGGUUCAGUAUGAUAUUGGCGUUUUUUUUUUUUUUUUUUUUUGUACAAAGUAAUGUGAUGAAUAUUUUUUUAUUUUCUUCAUGAGUUUUAUUUAUUUGUUUUAUACUUUAUAACACCAUUAUUUUCCACUUGACCAUAUAAUCAUGCACCAGUGUUGUACUGCAGAUGUUUUUGUUACAUAUCAGAGGCAAGUGCUAAUUUCCUCACAGAGCCUGCCAACUGAAUUGAAUAGUAGUGCAGGCCAGAUUUAAUUUUGAGGUUUAUUUUCUAUCCCAAUAGUUUCUAUCCCUUGGAGUGUGUGUUUUUUUUUUUUUUUUUUUCCCCCCUAUUUUUUUUCCCUAUU